AUGGAUGGUACCGAGUGCCAGGAUUCGCCAAAUCAAGACACAAUGCUGUCCGAGCCCGUUGUGCCACCUCUUGAUGGUUAUCCGGAUGUACACGAGUUUGAUGAACUGAUGAAACGCUAUGUCCAGGACCUGUCGCCCAAGAAACAGGACAAAGCUCUGAUCCAUGCCCGCAGAGCCGCCAACAUCAAGCAUGUCCUCAUCGACAAGAAGACGACCUCAAUAGAGUCAGCACAGUUCAGGUUCUGGGUAAAGAAGAUGUUUACGCUCGAGCCGAAAGAGGGCAAAGUACCGGACCAUCUUAAAAAGAUUUGCCAUGAAGGCAAGCCAGUCGCCGUACGAGAAAAAUUGUUCAAGAUUCUGACCAAGGCACACAAACAAUGCCAGCAUGGUGGCCGGGACAAGACCUCUGCGCAGGUCAGAAAAGUAUACUCGUGGGUGCCGAAAGAACUCAUCUCGCGAUUUGUUAAACUUUGUCCGACCUGCCAGGUGAGACGGGGGACCAGCCGCAAUUCGCCGCCAGAGUCAGUCAAAAGCCCAAAAGCAAACACAGACGUCCAGUCUCCGGAGACGUACUCAUCUGCCGGUUCAAGAAAGAACUCGAGGGUCGGCGGGAUCACAGCGGCGAAUGCCAGUUUGCCUUUGCAGACGGCCGGGUUCAAGACCACGCCAACAUUUCAACAACAGAACCGUUGGAUGACACCCAUACAACCACAGACGGGGAGCGCACACGUCUCUCCAGCCACCACGCAGAAUACCAUCAGUCGCCACGACUCGUAUAACACGAUGUCACAGAUGCCCAUGAGCUGUACCAAUACCAAUCCACCCGGUAUCAACUUCUCCUCUCUCCACGCUUAUGGCACCAGUAACGGGGCUUCAAAUGUAUUUACUUCGUCACCAUUGUCCCAGCCACACGGGCACGUAUCAACAAGGUCGACAUACGACGGCAAAGUCGACGCGCAUUACAUGUGA